AGAGUUGCUGCUGAAAGGAGGUGGCGAAGGAGGAGCCCGAGCAGCUGCUGCCAGCCGGCGGGCACCAGAGUCCUGCCUGCUGCCGCACGAGUAGCCACGGGCGCGAUUGGGGCCAGACGUCUGCUCCUCCAUGAUCACUUUGGGAGCCGGGAGAAGACUGUGCCCGGCCGUGAGAGCUGGUCUGCGUUUCCCAGGCGGCGGAGCACCAGCAACAGCCGGGUCGGAACCCGAGCGGCCACAGCCCGGGGCGUGUGCGCCCCGCGCGGAGCGGGCUCGAGUUCCCCACGGAAUGUCCCCGGGGCGCCCGGCGCUCUGACCCCCCAGCCGCCUCCGCCUUCGGCGCCUGCUGCCUCUCGCUGUCCAGCUCGUGUUCUGGACUGCAAGCUCCCCAGCUCCUGGGCAGUGGGGAAGUCCCCGGGGGCGGGUGACCUCAGCUGGCCACGACCCACCCUCCCCCGUGCGUAUCUCGCUUAAGAUGGCAGCGGAGUCAGGGGAACUAAUCGGGGCUUGCGAGUUCAUGAAAGAUCGGUUAUAUUUUGCUACUUUAAGGAAUAGACCAAAAAGCACAGUAAAUACCCACUAUUUCUCCAUCGAUGAGGAGCUGGUCUAUGAAAAUUUCUAUGCAGAUUUUGGACCUCUGAACUUGGCAAUGGUGUACAGAUACUGCUGUAAACUAAACAAGAAGCUAAAAUCAUACAGUUUAUCAAGAAAGAAAAUAGUGCACUACACCUGUUUUGAUCAACGAAAAAGAGCAAAUGCAGCGUUUUUGAUAGGUGCUUAUGCCGUAAUUUAUUUGAAGAAGACACCAGAAGAAGCUUACAGAGCACUGCUGUCUGGCUCCAAUCCUCCGUAUCUUCCAUUCAGGGAUGCUUCCUUUGGAAAUUGCACUUACAAUCUCACCAUCCUCGACUGUUUGCAGGGAAUCAGAAAGGGAUUACAACAUGGAUUUUUUGACUUUGAGACAUUUGAUGUGGAUGAAUAUGAACACUAUGAGCGAGUUGAAAAUGGUGACUUCAACUGGAUUGUUCCAGGAAAAUUUUUAGCAUUUAGUGGACCACAUCCAAAAAGCAAAAUUGAAAAUGGUUAUCCUCUUCACGCCCCUGAAGCCUACUUCCCUUAUUUCAAAAAGCAUAAUGUGACAGCGAUCGUGAGGCUGAACAAAAAGAUUUACGAGGCGAAGCGCUUCACAGAUGCUGGCUUCGAGCACUAUGACCUCUUCUUCAUAGACGGCAGCACGCCCAGUGACAACAUCGUGCGAAGGUUCCUGAAUAUCUGUGAGAACACGGAAGGGGCAAUCGCAGUUCACUGCAAAGCUGGUCUUGGAAGAACAGGGACGUUGAUAGCCUGUUAUGUCAUGAAACACUACAGGUUUACACACGCUGAAAUAAUUGCUUGGAUCAGAAUAUGUCGGCCGGGCUCCAUUAUAGGACCCCAGCAGCACUUCCUGGAAGAAAAACAAGCCUCGUUAUGGGUCCAAGGAGACAUUUUCCGAUCCAAACUGAAAAAUAGACCGUCCAGUGAAGGAAGUAUUAAUAAAAUUCUUUCUAGCUUGGAUGAUAUGUCUAUUGGUGGAAACUUAUCGAAAAUACAAAACGUGGAGAGAUUUGGAGAGAAUAAUUUAGAAGAGGAUGAAGAUGUGGAAAUGAAAAAUAGCAUAACCCAGGGAGACAAACUACGUGCCUUAAAAAGUCAGAGACAGCCACGCUCCUCAGCAUCCUGUGCAUUUAGGUUGGAUGAUAUCAAAGGACCCUCGAGAGCGGUGUCCCAGCCUUUCAGAUUGAGUUCUUCCCCACAAGGAUCUGCAUCUACUUUGAAGAUCUCAAAAGUGGCUUCGUCCCCUUCAGCGACGGCCAAGAGGAUAAACAGGGGCUCUUUGUCCUCGGGCGCCAGUAUAAGAAGCUUUUCCAUAAACUCCCGGCUAGCCAGUUCUCUAGGGAACUUGAAUGCUGCCACAGAUGACCCAGAGAACAAAAAGACCUCAACCUCCAAGGCAAGUUUCGUAGCCAACCCGUUCACCAACCUCUUGAAUGGCAGCUCCCAGCCGCCUGCCAGGAAUUACCCUGAGCUCAACAACAACCACUACAGCCGAAGCUACAGCAGCAGCGGGAGCACCCUGAGUGGCCAGCCGGGCCCCCAGGGCGCCAAGACAGAGGAGCACGCCACCGUCCUCCGGCCCUCCUACACCGGCCUUUCCUCCUCCUCAGCCAGAUUCCUGAGCCGGUCCAUCCCCUCCCUUCAGUCUGAAUAUGUUCAUUACUAAGCCUUGCCACUCCUGUGAAAGCUGUUCCACUCUUAGACACAAUUUCUUCACCUGGACGAGCAAUGUAGAGAGAAAGCGACUGCUUGCCCGAAGAAUAUCUCUGCCUUCUUACCUUAAAUUAAAGUGAGCACUAAGAUAAGAUCUUCAAGAGACUUGAAACCAGAAAAAUCUGGUUAAUGACUACGAUAAAUGCACUGAAACUAUGUUUGUGGAUGUCAACACUUUUUAAGACAGUUUUAAUGUUGAAUUUGGUAUUUUGAAAGGUUAUUUUUAAUGUAUUUCGGUAAUACAUUUGUUAUUACAUUUACAUGUACAGUGUUACAUUAUGUAUGUAUUGCGAACUUUAAAAAGCUAUUUUGAUAAAUUUAUAAAUAUAUAAAUUUAUGUAAAAACUAGACUAUAUUUUGACUUAGAUUUUCUUGCUGUUUGCUACCAAAAAUUUGUAUUUUGAAUUUGUUUAGUAUGGUUUUGUGUACAAUGAAUAUAUAAUUCCUCUUGAUUAAGAAAAGAUAAGGGAGAAAGUUAUUUUUAUGUUCCCACUAUGAAUAUGGCCCAUCUGUUCUUUCUUUUGGGAAGUCAGUCUAAUAAAACAGUUUAUCCAAGUUUAUCUCUAUCUAGCAAGAGUAUAAUCAUUGGAUAGGGCUUAUUAGACCAUUUCCUUUCCCUUUGUUUUUGUUGCUGAGCCAUUUAGUUAUGCAUCCUUGGGGGCUUUAGCAAAAUUUAACAUCCAGUUGAAGAUCAGAAUUCAUUGAAUGUUUCUCCUGAAACAUGCCUUUGCUCCAUGAAAUAACUUAACAUUCCAAAUGCUUUUCUUUCUUUCCUCCUCUCAAAAGAGCUCUUAAGCCAAUUAGAAUAUUCUGCAUUUGGUACACGUGGUUGUUGCCUUUAAUCAAUUACACAUGGUCUGGCACCAGUUUUAAAUCAAUGAAGAGAAAAAAACAGAAAAGAUGCUGCUAAGUAGUUCUCUGUUAAUUAAAGGAGAUUAUGUUUUGGAGAGAUUACAAACCCCUGACACACAAGCUAGCAAAUCAGAAACCUAACAUGAAAAUGAGGGGACUCCUUAGAGGUCCUCACAGCCCCUUCAUGUACAUGAGAUCUUCUAUUUAGGCCUCUAGAAGCUUGAAGGCUUCAUUUCUAUGGGGCGUCGGGGAGACUUAGAUCCUGACUCCUCCACGCUGCUUAAGAAUGGACCACUCAAGGACAGUUAACCGGAUCCAUAUGAAGUGCUUUAUUCUCAACCAUUGAGUUUUUUAUAAUGCAUUUAUUAGGAGGGGGUACCUUAAGACUAGUAUACAUGCUUCAGCAAAACAUCUUGUUUAUGUUUUACAUUUUUAAAAACGCAUUUGAGUGAACGUUUGACUCAGGUUGAUUAACCUAACCUUCAAUAACUAAAGUACCAAAUAAUUGCACUAAACUGAUGAAAAAAUAAAUUACGUGUUUUAAGAAUCAAAAAUUAAGUGGAAUUAAAUUGUAUACUUUUUCUAAAGCUGAAAUAGUAAAAUAUUUUAUUAUGAGUUACUAUAAAAAAGAUUGGUUUAAUGUAUAGAAUGAUGAUACUGUUUUUUAAAAAUUAUCAGUGAAAAAUAAUAAGGAUGACAUUUGAGAAGUGGAGAAAGGGAAUCAUAUUGACAGUUUUAGUUCUGUGAACACUAAUUUGUGUGCAGCUAUUAAAUGAUUGUAAAAUUGACUACUGUAAAUUUUCCAUAAUUAUGUGUGUAUAUUAGUCAUAUGUAUCUACAUGUGUAAGUCUUAAUUAUUUAUACACAUGUGCAUACAUAGACAACCGAGAAGUGUAUGUAUAUUAUAUAGAAAGUAUAUAGCAAAGUAAUUCUGCUCCAAUAAAAAAAAUUGUUUGACAUGUAUUUUGUUAUGAAUAGUUUACCUUCUAAAAGAUAUUUUGUUCUAUUUUAAAGUGUAGAAGAAUACACUGCUAAUAAAUAAUAAAAGUUUUAAGCAAUUUA